UUGGCAUAUCUCUUUCUCUCUCUAUAUCUCUCUCUCUCUAUAUAUAUAUCUCUUUCUCUCUCGGUGCCUCUUGGCUAUACUCGCGCGCAGUUCUCUUUUCCGUCCGGUCGUUUGCAGCUCCAUCUUCAUUUCAGGCCUUCUCUUCAACACAUCGAAUCCAGAUUCUGAUUCCAUUUCUUUCGUUAGUUUAGUUCUCAUGUGGCUACAGAGGAAGAAAUCAACGAAUCGAGUCCCAAGUUUCCCUCCCAACUUCUCUUGUUCUUCCUUCAAAGAUAUCCAGAAGCUAUUUCCAUCCGAAUCCAAUCCUCCCCAUUCCUCAAAACCCUCCAUUUUCCACCGCGUCCGUCUCGCUAAAUCCAUCCUCCGUGCCUGGGCCCCUCGUCCCGCCGCCCUUCCGCCGCCAGAGCUCAAUGACAAGGCGUCGCAGUCAGAGAUACCCACAAUAUCCCUUCCAGGAACAGAGAACCGAAUAGUGGUGUUCUACACGAGCCUCCGUGUUGUCAGAUCGACAUUCGAUGACUGUAAAGACGUCUUAUCGAUCCUACGAGGGUUUCGUGUCUCGAUAGACGAACGAGAUCUGGCGAUGGAUUCGAAGUUCAUGGACGAGUUACAAGAUACCCUUAAAUGGAAAUCGAUUUCUCUGCCUAGGGUUUUCAUUGGCGGUCGAUAUAUAGGUGGCGGCGAUGAGAUCCGGAAGUUACAUGAAGCCGGUGAGUUGAAGAAAUACGUGGAAGCUCUACCUCCGGUUGUAAACGGCGUUUGCGAUAGCUGCGGUGGUUUCAGAUUUGUCCUUUGCGAGGAAUGUAGUGGUAGCCAUAAGAUAUUCUGUGAGAAAGGUGGGUUUCGAAGCUGCACGGCGUGCAAUGAGAACGGUCUAAUCAGGUGCCCAUCUUGUCGUUGAGAUUGAUAGAUAGAUAGAUCGAUCGAUCCAAACCCACUAUGAUUAUAUAUCUAUAUAUAUGUUUGAAAUAAGGAAAGUUGUUGUUUUUGUUGUGUGGGCUAUGGUUUGAUGACUUAAUGCUGGGAUGCAUUUCUUUC